GUGAGAAGGGAGGACGCGAUUGCCUCUGCGUUACGGUGCCACGGGCUUUUGGACUCGCACGGUGAACUUUAGUAUUGCGAACUCAAAACCCCUUUCGUUGAUUUUAUCUCGUCUUUUGUGGAAGACCAAUUAUGCCCUCAAGAUCAUGGCGCUCUGCGUCACUGGAGGCGCCGUGACGCACGCUCUCGCCAGGCCCUUUGCAACAUUUGCAAUGCCUUGCAACACGUCUUCUCACAGCGCCGAUGAAGUCUUAGCUGUGGUCCUUCGCGGGCGUGGGGUGACCUUAGCGUAGUGACUGGGUAAAACUUGGAUUAAUUUUAUCUAGAUCUCCGAUAAGGAUAAAAAGAUAAAACAUAUAUAUAAAAUGAGAAUGAGAAGAUACUUAUUACUUCAAAGAUAUCAAUAACACACACAACAAAAAAAAAAAUAGAUGCGUAGAAAUAAAAGGAAACUCCAUGCAGACGUACCUAGACGUGUGGUUUAAAAAACAGAACUAAACAAAAGAAAAACACUGAGGUGCAAAUGACAUUGCUAUCCGUUUUAAAGUGAGUCAGAGAACCAUUUCCGCCAGCUGAUGGCAUGGAAUAGCUUAAACGAAGAGAAAUAUAAUUUUGAAAAACAAAAAACAAAAAAACAAACGAGUGUGAACCUCCGUCGGCCUUAAAAAAAAAGGUUUAGAAACUAAAGUGUUAGAAUAAAGAAAGAAACGGAAGAGACAAUACUAACGCGAGAGCUCAAGGGAAAGUUAGCUUGGACUCACAAGAAGGUCAAGGACUCUGCUUUUCUUCCCAGAACACUCGAGGAGACAGACACCUGGACCAUGGAAAUCUCUACCUUCGUCCGUCUUUCGGAGCUCCUGCAGCUGCUGCUCAUCAUCUCACAAGGGCCGCCCGCGUGGAGCAAAUUCAUGGGCGCCAGCUACUACGUGAACGGCGUUGGAGCGGCGCCCCCCGAGCCCUCCAGGGGGCCUGACGGGGAGCGACGGCCCCUUCCCUGGGAGCCUAACGCCCCUCGCCCCGAGUUCGACCUCACGCUGCCCCAGAACGUUACGGCGCUCAAGGAUGAUAACGUGUACCUUCACUGCAACGUUUACAACAGAGGAAACAGAACGGUGUCCUGGAUCCGCGACGCCGACCUGCACAUCCUGACGGUGGCGCAGUACACCUACACCGCCGACGACAGGUUCGAGGUCAUCCACUCCCCGGACUCCAACUCCAACUCCUGGGUUCUGAAGAUCAAGUCAGUUCAGCCGAGGGACUCAGGUCGCUACGAGUGCCAGGUCAACACGCACCCGACUGACCCCAUCACGUUCCCCGUCUACCUGUCCGUCUUCGUACCUACAGCCCGUAUCUUGGGGUCACCGGAACGAUAUGUUGACAGAGGCUCGACCAUCAACCUCACCUGCAUCAUAAAUCACAACCCAGUGUCUCCCACAGAGAUCUUCUGGUACCAUAACAACAAGGUGAUCAACUACGACAACCGCGACAGCCGGGUGAGCGUGAUCACGGACCGCGGCGCCGUCACCAAGACCAUCCUGCUGAUCCACGACGCGCACGACGGCGCCACAGGGACCUACUCGUGCGUGCCCUCUCCCUCCGCCACCGCCUCCGUCAGGAUACACAUCCUCAACGCAGGAGAAACGCCUGCAGCGAUACAGCGGAACAGCGCCAGCUCCAUCUCCCGCUCCUACAGCCUCCUGCAGCAUCUCCAGCGUUAUCUCAUCUCCAUCACUGUCUCCCUCGCAAUGACCUAUUUUCUUACAUCAUCGUCAUUAGCUGUUUAAGAAAGAGAUUUUAGUUGGUGCCAGUGAUGAUAAUGCUACUAAUAAUAAUGAUGAUGAUAAUUUCAUGAUAGUUAUUUUCCUUUCUAAUUUAUUAGAAU